AUGUCCCCGACCGCGUCGUGCCUAACCCCGCUAGGGUUGGCGUUGCAAGCGGGUUCUUUCGUUCAACCGCUCUUCAGCGCCAAGCCGGGCUCGGAGCGCGCCCCGCCCCGCGCGCCCGCGGCGAGCCGCCGGCAGCCGCCCGCCAGGGACCGCCCGCGCGUGCCGUCGGCCGGCGUCGUCGGUCGCCCUCGGCACCUCACCCCGGCGAGCGCCGCGGUCGCCGCGGAGAUGGCGUCGGACUUCAGCUGGGCGCCGCUGCUCGGCGCAGGCGGCUACAGCUUCCCCCCGGCGCUGGCGCCCGGCGCUGCCGCGCCGCUCGAGGUGCCGCCGUUCGUCCCGCCCUUGCCGCCCACGGCGCUGGCCCACGUGCAGCUCGCCGCGGCGGCCGCCGAGGUGCAGGCGCGGGCGCAGGCGCACAUUGCACAGGCCGCGCAGCUGAUGCUGCACCUCCCGCGGCCGGAGGCCGUGGCCCCCCUCCCGGUCGCCGAGGCCCCGCGGCUCCUGCCCGCGGCGCUGGAGGAAGCGCUGCACUCGGCCUGGCAGCCCGGCAUGACGCUGCGCCUGGCGGCCGCGGGCCUGACGCCGCCCGCGCUGCCCGCGGGGAGGCCGCCCGCCACGCGGCCGCCGGCCGUCAGGUCCUGCUGGAGCGCCCUCUGGCAUGACCUUGUCGAGCUGCGCUCAGCCGCGGCGACGAGGAGCGUCUCGGAAGCCUUGGCCCUCGAGGCAUGGCUCGUGCCUCCAGACGAGACCGGCGACCCCGCUGUCGAGGGAGGCCGCGUAGGCAAGCCGCCCGCCGCGAGGCCUCGGGCGGCCGCCGAGCGGGCGCCCCCGCUCCCAGGGGGCGGCCCGCAAAGCCGCGCACCGCCGCCCGCCUCCGCGGGCAAGCAGCGAGCAGACGAGGUGGCGACCGCGGGCUUGGGCAACGCGAGCGCAAGUGUCUCGCACCUGCCGCAGCAGCAGCUGCCCGUGCAGUCUGUGCCGAGCUCUGGCAAGGCCGACGGUGAGCUCAAGAAGCAGCAAAAGGACAACUUGCGCCACCACCUGCAGGAGAUGCGCGCCGAGGACCCCAGGUGCAUCUUCAUCGCGCGCCGUAUCAACAAGCUUGGUUUCCGGUCCAAGGCCCUGCUGGAGAAGCACUACUCGCAGUUCGGGGAGGUCACGAAGAUCAUGGUCGCUCAUUCGAAGGUGAAGCCCGAUCCCAGCUCCGGCACCAUGCCCCGCACACGACCAGGCAACUUCGGCUUGGUGGUGAUGAGGUCGCCGGAGGCGGUGAAGAAGAUCUUGCAGCAGGGCUCCGAGCAGACUGUGGGCGACUUCGCCAUCCAGGUGCACCAGUUCCAGGAGCAGCUCUUCGAGGACGCGGCGGCGGGGAAGGAGGGCGCGAAGGAGGCGGCCGAGGCGGCGGCUCAGGCGAUCGACGCCGAGGGGCUGCCUCAGCCGUCGUCGUCCCUGGGCCGCCAGGAGUCGGAGCAGAGCGCAGGCUCCUGCGACACCGGCAACAGCGGCGACGGCGCCCUCGAGACGCCCGAAGGGAGCAGCGGGAACUCGCAGUCCAGCGCCAGCUGCAACGCCGACGAGGACAGCCAGAGCACGACCUGCACCAACAUGACCCGCAUGGACCUCAGCUCGCACCUGUCGGCCUUCGGGGGCAACUCCGUGUCCAGCGGCUCCACCUACAAGGCCUCCAGCUCGUCCUACGACCGCCACUGCUCGAACGGCAACGGGUCGAAUGGGUCCGACGACUACAGCUCCCAGGGGGGCUCCUCCGGCGGCUCGGGCCGGCGGCGCGACGACGCCCUCGGAGACCAGGCGGCGCUCACGAAGCAGGCCCUGGACGACGCUGCUCGGCGGCAGCCGCACAGGGGCGUGGUCGAGAUGUUGAACGAGCUUGGGCGCAUCAAAGAGGACCCGCAGCACGGCGGCGGCGCUGCGAUGGAGCAGUCCGCCGAGGCUUCGGAUGAUGCUGAUCGAGACCAUCCCCAUGGGAGCUUGGUCGAGAUGCUGAACCAGCUGUCGCGCAUUGCGAAGGACCAGCAGGACGUCAGCAGCUUCACCAGAGAGCAGUCCGCCGAGGCGGCGUCCCUGGCGCACUGGGCGCAGCGGAGCCUCGUCGUGCUGGAGAGCGAGUGCAUGUCCAAGAUCGACGAGAUCAACUCGCUGGCGGACCAGGCAGCGCCUCGAGGCGGCGCGGAGCAGUGCAGCAAGGGCGGCGAGGCCGCACGCUCGGAGGCCAGCGCCGAGCGCCCCUCCACCGGGCCCAAGAAGCGCGGCUCAGGUGGCAAGCGGGGCGCGGGGGGGGCCCGCGAGCGCCCCGGGGGCGCGGGCGGCGACGGCGGCGGGAGGCUGCCGGUCGACGACCAGGACGCGGACGGCGGCCACAGGGACACCCUGCGCUCCCACCUCACGGAAUUGCUCACCGAGGACCCGCACUGCGUCUUCAUCACCCGGCGCAUCAACAAGCUGGGCUUCCGCUCCCGCGAGAUUCUGAAGCGGCACUAUUCCCAAGAUGGCGGCGAGGUGUUGCGAGUCUUGGUCGCGCACAGCAAGGUGAAGCCUUUCCGCGACUCCAGCGGCCAGAUGCGGACGCGGCCCGGCGGCCUCGGUCUCAUAGUGAUGAAGACCGCCGAGCAGGUGCGCAAGAUCCUCGCCCUCGGUGAGGAGCAGGACGUCGCGGGCCAGCAGAUCCGCGUCCACUGCUUCCAGCGGCCGAAGGUCGACGAGGUGGGCCUCGACGGGUCCGGAGGCUCGGGCGAGUCCACGGCGGCCGGCGGCGCCACCCUGUCGCGCAGCACGAGGUCCCAGCGCUCCGGCUCGAACGGCAACGGCUCGGACUCCAACGGCGGCAGCGGCAGUUGCAGCGCCCCGAAGGAGACCAGCGGCUCCGACGAGGGGUCGGGCUCGUCCAAGCGCUCUGGCCGGGGGAGCUGUCGUGCGGGCCCGGCGAGGGGAGGCUCAUCGGCCGAGGAGGCGGGCUCCAGCGGCCCCGAGUCGCAGGAGAGCUCCCGCUGA